UGCUUAUACAGAGCGACAGGUGGUUAGAUAACAAGCCCCAGGUGGGCCAUCUACGCACCUGUCGCUGACUUCGAGGCCGGUCCUGGCACACCCCGCCUCGCUGCAGGCCUGCAGGCCAUGCCCCCCAUCCACAUCAGUAGGUGGGGUCCUUUGCUCGUGUGGGAUGGAGGUGAGGAUCUGCACCGAGCACCGGCACUCUGCUGUGACUGGACCUUGAAGGCUCUUCCCCGGGUUCCUUGUGGAGAGACUCCCCCACCCCACCACCACCACCAUCCCUUCUCUUCCCGGUUGUCGCUGCAGUUUGAUGACCGGGCCGACGCCAAGUGAACCGCGAGCGAAGCCCCGGGAAGGCGAUUAGUAAUGACGGACGCUGACGAGGGAGCUCCUCCUGCUCGUAGACAUGAGGAUUCCCGCGGUGCGGGCGCCUGCCAGAGCGGCUGAAGUGCUCACUGAGAGGGCAAACGUGCUGACAACCAAGAUAGCCUGCGCCCGCUGAGGGGGACCUCUUUGCAGGUUCACGUGGCCGCGGGCAAGGUGGAGCUUCCUGAUCCAUGGAGAAUUAUUUCCAGGCCGAGGCGUUCAACCUGGACAAGGUGCUGGACGAGUUUGAGCAGAACGAAGAUGAGACCGACUCUCCAAUUCUCACGGAUGCCAAGUGGACCCAGAUUUUAGCCCCGCCGGCCCACCUGCUCUCGCUGAACCCCGCCCUGGCCCAUGCAGAUCUCAGCCCGGGUGAGAGUCCACUUGCCUUAAAGACCCUCCCCAAACCCUCCUCCAACGCAGACACCAAAAGACGUUCAGGUGGCGAUCUUCCAUCUUGGGCAGCAGAAGAGCGGCCGGCCGAUAUCCACAGCCGGUUGCUGCCCCAGCCCAAUAUCGGCAAACUGGUGUGCGCGGACGACGUGGAGAACCGGCACCCACGCUUGGAUGACGCAUUUAAGGAGACCCGGUCAAGGUCUUCUGUCCAGGAGGCCGAUGCUCACCUGGAGGAGCCACGUGGGGAGGCCUCCACUGUGUCCCUUUUCACCUUUGAGAUGGGACAAGAACAAGAAGAGACACUCUCUGCUGAGCGUGUGGAACCAACUACACUUAAUGGACAAGCUGGUGUACAAGAUGAGCCUUACACUGAAGCUUCACAGGAUUUUGAGCAAAAUAGACAAAGUACAUCCAAGGAUGAGCUUGUAGAACGUUGUGUAAAUGGAGAGACAGAUCCUCAGCCUGCUGAGGAUGAUAGUAGUUCAAGAAAUGAGAUGAGUAGACUUGAGGGACAUUCCGAGCAGCUCCUCAGCCCUCCGAACGGCUUGGAGCUUGAGAACGGAAGCAGGUUAAAUGUUCAGGGGACAGAGGAGGAUGAGGAGAGCUUGUCUCCCUCACCUGUCCCCUCCAAGGAGGACUCUGUGACCGAGGAGAAGGAGAUGGAGGAGAGCAAGCAGGAGAACGGCGACGGGGCAGCGGGAGGUGGUGUUCUACCAAAGCUGAACAACAGUCGUCUCCGUCCGGUUAGUGUUCCGUACGGAGGAGCUAGACCCAAGCAGCCAGUCAGCCUCAAACUUCAGAUCCCUCAGCCUGUUGCAGGACAGGUCCAAAAUCAGUUGGGCCAGUCCGCCAGUAGCAAGAACAAGAACUCGGACAGUCGCAGAGGAACACCGUCUGAAACCACACCAGAUGUGACUCCGGUCAGUGUAAACGGGGACGACGUUGUCCUCCCCUCUCCUCUGAUGUUGUCCUCGGAGAGUCCAGACAAUGACAUCCAAGCAGGACAGCAGGGCUCCCUCAGCAGGAAACAACCCAGCUCUUUAGGGGAGGUUGCCCCUGUGUGGGUACCCGACUCCCAGGCCCCCGUGUGCACCAGAUGUGACGUCAAGUUCACCUUCACCAAGAGGAGGCACCACUGCAGGGCUUGUGGCAAGGUGUUCUGUGCGACUUGCUGCGGCCUGAAAUGCAAACUGGCCUACAUGGACAAGAAGGAGGCUCGCGUCUGCGUCACCUGCCAUUCUGCCCUAACCAGCGCUCCGACGUCAGAGUCGCAGGUCGCCGUCAGCAACCAUAGUCCCAACCCCAACAACCCUGCUGAGUACUGCUCCACCAUUCCCCCUCUGCAGCAGGCUCAGGCCUCCGGAAUUCUCAGCUCGCCACCUCCCACCGUAAUGGUGCCCGUGGGGGUCCUCAAGCCACCUGGCAACGAGGCAUCCAUGACACAGGAGCAAUUGAGAGUCUUGUGUGCUGAUGGCGUCCUCACUAAUGGGGACACUGCAGAGUCCCCCAAACCUCCUUCCUCCAGGUCACUAGCCGUCACGACUUAUGCAAGCAAAACCUCCGGAUUGGAGUCUGUAGAGGCAGUUCCGGCUCCCGUGGGCUCCCAGGGCAGCCCUAUGGGCAGCGCCCUGAGCCUGAUCCCGGAGGACGGGCUCCCUCCCAUCCUCAUCUCCACUGGAGUCAAAGGAGGUACGGGAGGCCACGUCACAGACUAUGCAGUGGAGGAGAGGCCGUCGGCGAUGGUCCUCAUGCAGCAGCUGGAUGAGGGAGGCCCGGACCCCCUGGUCUUUGUCCUCAACGCCAAUCUGCUGGCCAUGGUCAAGCUUGUCAAUUACGUCAACAGGAAGUGCUGGUACGUGACGACAAAGGGCAUGCACGCCGUCGGCCAGGCGGAGGUGGUGAUCCUUCUCCAGUGUCUCCCUGAUGAGAAGACCUUCCCUAAGGACAUCUUCACCCACUUCGUGCACCUCUACCAGGAGGCCCUUGGCGGCAACGUGCUGGGCCACUUGAGCCACUCCUUCUUCACGCAGAGCUUCCUGGGCAGCAAGGAGCACGGCGGCUUCCUCUACAUCAGCCCCUCCUUCCAGUCGCUGCAAGAUCUUCUCCUGCCCAACCCGCCCUUCCUCUUUGGAGUCCUCAUCCAGAAAUGGGAGACUCCUUGGGCCAAAGUUUUUCCUAUCCGUCUUAUGUUGCGGCUGGGCGCAGAGUACAGACUUUAUCCGUGCCCGCUGUUCAGCGUGCGCUUCCGAAAGCCGCUUUUCGGAGAGACGGGUCACACCAUCAUGAAUCUGCUUGCAGACUUCCGCAACUACCAGUAUGCGCUGCCAGUGGUGAAAGGUUUGGUCAUGGACAUGGAGGUGAGGAAGACCAGCAUCAAGAUUCCCAGCAACCGUUACAAUGAGCUGAUGAAAGCCAUGAACAAGUCCAAUGAGCACGUGCUGGCCAUGGGGGCAUGCUUCAACGAGAGGGCCGACUCCCACCUGGUGUGCGUGCAGAACGACGACGGCAACUACCAGACGCAGGCCAUCAGCAUCCAUCACCAGCCGCGCAAAGUGACUGGCGCCUGUUUUCUUGUGUUCAGCGGCGCCUUAAAGGCCUCGUCUGGCUUCUUGGCCAAAACAAGCAUCGUAGAAGAUGGCGUGAUGAUCCAGAUCACGGCCGAGACCAUGGACUCGCUACGGCAAGCGCUGAGGGACAUGAAGGACUUCACCAUCACAUGCGGUAAAGCUGACCAGGAGGAGAACCAGGAACAUGUGCACGUGCAGUGGACGGAGGACGACCACAACUUCAACAAGGGUGUCAUCAGCCCAAUCGACGGCAAAUCGAUGGAGUCCAUCACCAGCGUGAAGAUUUUCCACGGCUCAGAGUUCAAAGCCAAUGGCAAAGUGAUCCGCUGGACGGAGGUCUUCUUCCUCCAGAGCGACGAUCAACCCAACGGGCUGAGCGACCCGGCCGACCACAGCCGCCUGACAGAAAACGUGGCACGAGCUUUCUGCACAGCGCUCUGCCCGCACCUCAAGCUGCUCAAGGAGGACGGCAUGGCCAAGCUUGGGCUGAGGGUCACGCUGGACUCGGACCAGGUGGGCUACCUGGCAGGAAGUAACGGCCAGCCUCUGCUGCCUCAGUACCUGAGUGACCUGGACAGCGCUCUGAUCCCCAUCAUCCACGGAGGAGCGUGCCAGCUGAGCGAGGGUCCGGUGGUGAUGGAGCUGGUCUUCUACAUCCUGGAGAUCAUCUCCUAGAAGCCGGUGACCUCAUCAUGUGCCACCACCACCACCGAGCACCUUCACCACCGCCCUCCACGUUCCCAUUUCAGCACAGCUCGUCCACUCGGACACGGGUGGAGUGGGGUAACGUAGCCCGUCGAGGAAGAGCAGCAAUCAUCAGCGUCAUAACAAACACCUGCUGGAGGUUUUCAAAUGUCUGCAUGAGAACAUGGUGUGUGUGUGUGUGUGCAGAUCCAAAUGUGAGCUCAGUGCUGUCAGUGACCACCAGGGGGCGUCAUGUAGCUCCUUCCAAAGUGAAGCCUCCUUGUAGCUCCACAGAUGCUGAGCCUGGAAUAUCUCAGAGCAGCUUGGACUACAACUAACAGAUGCACCAGGUGCAUUUCUUUUAUUUUCUAUUGCAACUCUUUUCUGUUCAGUGCCUGCUACAGCGACCCUUUGGUCCGGUUGGGGCGGAAGACUUUACUUUGUUCGAAGCUUUACUCCUCAAUCACCACAUGCAUUGACUUGUUUUUGUAGACGGGAGAAGCUUUUUUGUGCAGCUCGUAGCCUCCAGAGAUUCCACAACAAUAAAACACACUUUGCUCCAGGACUGCUGAUGGCAAACAAAGGUUGCAAUGCUUUAUUGGUUAUUAGCGCAAGAAAGACCAGAUUUCAAAAACGAAACUCUAUUUUGGGUGUUCUUUUAUUCACAUGAGCAAAGAUGUACAAAUAAAAAAAAAUAUAUAUAUAUAUACAGUAUAUAUAAAUAACAUGCAGAAUCAGUGCACUGGAUUUUAAGCCAUUUCCAGGAGAGUUUUUCACGCAAGUUCAGUGUUUGUGAAUCUGAUGGUUCCGACAGAGAGUGUUCUGUUUUUCUUUUUUUUGUUGAUUGAGCCGAAGCUUGAAUGUAUUUAAUCGCACGUUUUGUCCAAAUCCCAGAAAUCCUAACUUGGCAAAACAUUGCAGACGUGCAAAGAAACUGCAUCCCAACUGUUUCGCUGAUGUCUGAUGUGCGACGAAGGCGAGCAGAGGACCUUUUGGUGUGACAUGGACCUGCCACCUAAGAAUGUAUUUCCUCCUUUUGUGUUAUGAUCCAAACAGCUCUGAACAGUCAUCACCCGCAUUUUUGCUAAGUUGUUUUUUUAAUUCAACCGAAAAAUGUCACAACACGCCAGAAUCUCCUCUGCAGACAAUCAGGUGCUUACUGUAGCAACCUUACAUGUUAACAUGUUUGCUAAAGGCCAAACGAGAAGGGACAAAUGUUAUCGUUUGUGCGACAACAUCCAGGCUGUUUGACAGACAAGUAGCAUUUCUACUUUUUUCCUGUUUGACCUUAUUGUCCGAAAUCAAAACACUGCAUGCCAACACGCAAACAUGUCUUAUGAUGAAAAACUGUCAGCUUUGCAUUUGUUUAAGUAUUGUAUUAUUAACCUCCUCUUAGCUUAUUCACUUUUAUGUUCAAAGUAUUUUUCUAUCAUUAACAUCAGUUAUAUGUUCUAAAAGGCCCAACUCCUGUGUAUAUUCUCUAUGCUUCACAAUAAAAUCUAAAAAAAAAUAUUUUUUACAGUUAAAUAAAAUAUGGUAUAUAUAAAGUAAAUGUCAAACAGAUUGGAUUGUGAAUAUUUCACUAAAUUGGUUUUAAGGCCACAUUUCCACAAAGCGAAGGAUUGGGAUGUGUCGGACUACUCUCUUACCUAAUGUUUUUUGUCAGGUUCAAACACUGAUGACAUCUAUUAAACAGGACAAGAAGCAAAGAAUCAAACACAGACUUCAAUUUGGCUUAGUGAGGAGAAACGUUUACAUCUGUACCCUUGUACAGUGUCAUUACGCUCUGGCAAAAGAUUUUACGCCACUUCUUUUAUUUGGACUUCCCUGAUUACAUGGCAACAGCUGUUUCUAGGGGACGUGGGUCGUAAACAGCCAUCGCCUUUGAUUACAACAGUUCAAAGAAAAGGUCGUAAAACAGUUCAAACAAGCGGUGCCUGGAGGGGAGUCAGGCCCUGCUUCCUCUCCGCUUUGUAGUUCUUGGGUCGGACAAUAUCUUUCUGUUGAUUACAAUACAUGAAAGAAACAGAACACCAUGUUGCUUCUCAUCCUACACAGUGGAGUUUUACAAGCCUUUUGAUUGGUAGGAUUAAAGACAGCUUUUGUCCUCUUGCCGGGAACUCAAUGUAACACAACGUUUUGUGAUAAUUUAGAUACAAUUAUUCUAACAUUUUUAUUUUGUAUAAUCCAAGACUUAGCGUCCCCUACAGUACACAUUUGAUUUGGGGUUUGUAAAAAUGUGAGUCUCGCAGGUUUUUUUUUUUAACUGUACCCGGGGGCCACCAGUUGACUAGCCCAAAUAAUGAAAAAAGAGAGGACCAACAAUGGAACCUUGAGGAUCACAUGUAGGAUACAGAGCAUCUGGACAGUAUUCAGUGUUAUCACAUUUUGUUAUGUUGCAGUAUUAUACCAAAAUGGAAUAAAUUCAUUUUUGUCCUCAAAAUUCUACACACAAUACCACAUAAUGACAAUGUGAAAAUGUUUUUUUGCAAAUGCAUUAAAAAUCAAAACACAUGUACAUAAGUAUUCACAGCCUUUUGCCAUGAAGCUCAGAAGCAGCCUCCUGUUUCAAGUGAUCAUUCUUGAGAUUUCUUACAGCUUAACUGGAGUCAACCUAUGGUAAAUUCAGUUGGUUGGACAUGAUUUGGAGUGGCACGCACCUGUCUUUAAUGUCUGAAGGGAGGAGAACUUUGUCUCCUAAACGUGUUUGUUUGAUCUCUAAUAAAGCUCACCAA